UUAAUUUCAAUUUGAAAAAGAGAGAAAAAAAAAAAAAAAAUUUAAAGUCAAAGGUCCAAAGUCCUAUUUUUUCUCCGAAUUGGUUCAUUUAUCCAAAACCAAAACCAAAACGUAGUGGGUUAUAUUUACGUAUAAAAAAUCUCCCCGCUAACUUCUCUCCCUCGUAGAGCUUCCAGCCGCUUCAAACCUCAGGCGACAUCAGCGAAUAAACCCACGCAAUCGAUUUCGAAGUACCGCUGUUUUCAAGCUUGGAGGUCUCUGCUUCCGGCGGCUGCACACGCUUCAUUCGGCCCUCAUACGGAUUGCCCAUAUCCUCUUCUGUUCGAUUUUGUGAAAUCAAAUACAAUCAAUUCACUUUUCGACUCUUUUUGGUACGACCAUGUCAGGAGGGUCUAAUUCAUGCACCGUUUACGUUGGGAACUUGGACGAAAGGGUUAGUGAUAGGGUUCUUUAUGACAUUCUAAUCCAAGCUGGGCGGGUAGUGGACUUGCACAUUCCUCGGGAUAAGGAUUCUGGUAUACCCAAAGGUUUUGCUUUUGCAGUAUAUGAAAGUGAGGAGAUUGCCAACUAUGCUGUUAAGCUUUUCUCUGGCCUCGUGUCUCUUCAUAGCCGUAUCCUGAAGUUUGCAGUAUCUGGGCAAGACAAGUCUUCACCUACUAAUAGUGCAGUCACUUCAUCAUCAAAUGUAUCUCAUAAAUCAAGGUCGCAUGGUUACUCUAAUGAAAUAUCUCAGUAUUCCAAUCACCCGUCAACAUCGUGCAGAACGUACCCUGAAAACCAUGUACAAGCGCUUCUUUACCUUGGUUUAGUUAACCAAUAUAAUGGGUAUGCGUCACAUAUGGAUAACUACAAUAAAGAAUACAGUCAGAGAUAUGGUGGAACAACUUUGGAUAGCUUUAAGCAACCUAAAUCACGCCGCAAUGUUACGAGUUAUCCAGUAUACUAUCCUUCUUAUGAUCUUUUGAAGUAAGGUAGGCGCAGCUAGCGCCUUCCAUUUUGGUUAAUCUUAAAUGGUAAUUUAAAUCUUGUAUCGCUUAGUUGGAUGCAAAUGGGUUAAUAGUCAUUUUGUAGGUGUGCACAUGUCCAUAUGAUUUUGGACGUGUCGUUAUAGUUGAUAUGCUAAUUAAAGUAUUGUAGUGAAGAGGCUCGUUUCCUUUUC